AUGACGCCAAGUGACUGCACUGAAAUCAAUCACCGCCAAAAUAAUUGUCGACAAUUUACACGGAAUAAUCGUCGUGUAUACGAAUGCUUCAACGUAACUCUUGCAACUAUUUUGCCACUUCCUACUGCAACAAUGAUUCUGAGAAUUAUGAAUUCAACUAUACCACAGUUAACAUCAUUGGUAAAUAGUGAAAUUGUGACAUUUGUGAUGAAUUUCUGUCAACUCUUUUAUGUUUCACCUGAAGCGUUUAUUUUUGCUAGAAACUUGCGAAAACUUGAUCUGUCACAUAACUUACUCAAAAAACUUGAAUUUAGACGUGAUUCACGUUUAUCUAUUGAAAAUCUUAUCCUUUCAUACAAUGAUUUAACGGCUGUUCCACGAAUGCAUUCUUUACAACUGCUGACACAUUUAGAUUUAUCACAUAAUAGAAUUCGGUAUCUAACUGGUGAUCAUUUGUUAUUACCUAAAUUAGAAGUGGUAGAUUUGUCGUAUAACCAACUUCACGUUGUGAAACCCACUGAUUUUGGAGAUAUGAUAAGAAUUGUGGAGAUAGACGGAUGUCCAUGGCGAUGUGAUUGCCAUUUGAGGGAUUUUGUUGCAUUUCAGCGUAAAACUCUUAGCGCUAAGUCAUCAUGGUGUUAUGAACCAGCGUCAAUCCGUGGUGUUAGGUGGGAUGAUAUCAGUUUAGAGGUAAGUUAG